AUGUAUUACAAUUUCGACGCUACCAAGGACCUGACUAUCGCAAAUUGUACUCUGAGCACGUCGCACGUCGAAGUCCGCGUUGCAUGCUCGGGCUGGGAUUGCAAACCGACGGCUAUACGACGAUCCACCUUGACGACGUACCGAAGCGAGAACUUUACCUUUUUGGACGGAUGCGUCUAUAUCAAAUCCUCAGUGCGCCCAGCCUACGAGUAUUUUUUCAAUCUUUUCAAAACUCUCACAGACAGUCAAGGAGUAGAAGGAAAUCAACCAUCUAUCAUCCAAGCGUAUCUAGCUCAACCAGAGCUGGGUCUAUCAGGCGGGGCAUUCUGGGACUUUCCGCCGGUGCAUACCGCAGAUGACCAGUCGUUUUCAAUUCGACUGGGGCAUAUCCUGAAUACCUACUGGAUGGCUGCGAUAGGAAUCGACCCGCUGCUCUUGGGUCAGACGGCAGACUAUAGCAACACAACGUACUUUGAGUACGCCGUCAACAAGUCGGCACCGAAGCCGGACCCGUCCAACAUGUACAACUUCUCGGAGACGCAGGCAACAGUUUCCACCCAAGUGCAGAUUCUCCGAUAUAAUAAGGGAUGGAUGGUCAUUCUUAUUAUAUCCACCCUCAUCUUAUUGGUUGCGGCAGGCAUUGGUCUAGUAUUGGAUUUGCAGAUCUGGGUUCCGCGGUUACUGAUAAACGUGUCAACUCUGACUAGGUGCAACCCCAAUUUUGGUGUCCCAGCUGGUGGUGGAGCAUUAUCAGACGAGGAGAGAGCUAAGCUCAUGGCAGACAUGAGAAUCAGAUUUGGUGAUAUAAAAACCGGAGACGAUUCCGAUGAUCUGGUCAUUGGGGAUUGUGUAGAAACAGGAGGACAUGUUUCAAGGUUUACGAAAGGGAAACUCUAUAUUUAA